AUGGUGACAGAACGUCUGUUUUGUCUGGAAGUUCAAAAGACCCCAUUAAGAAUCGCUUUUGAAGCUACAACCCUCUGCAUUGGGAAAUUUAGGUCUUCAAGUAAGAAAUAUGCUGUGAAAUUAGGGCAUCAAAAAAAUUUGUAUGGUGCAUGGGUCUGGGUAGAACUUGACCGUGUAUGUGCACAGAAGAGCUGGUGGAAUGUCAACACAAAUGACACGCAUGGAAUGCGUCGUGUCUUGCAAUCUGAGUUUCGUCCUGUUGAAGAAGUGUGUUGGGGAAAGAAGGAAUAUGCAGGCCUAAAAGCAGAGUCAUUUAAUCAAGGAUGGAGUUUAAAGCGGUUUCAAGAGAUCAUCAAAUUUACAUUGUUUUUUACUGUCAUUAAGAAAGAGUCAUCCUGGACGUGGUGGCAAGUUGUCAAAAUAAUCAGAUAA